CUGGACUACAUCGGGGAAGGUAGAUUGAUCCAUUUGGUAUCUUUCAUAAAUACCAUGAAGUGGGUUCUCAUAGUGGCAGCUGCUCUUGCACUGCAAGUACCCUUCUGUUCGGGCACGUCCUCUCACGCUGCCGGGUCUCACUACCACAUGAGGGAUGCCAAUCGUCACGUGAGAGACGAAGGGGCACCCCACCGUCACCACGUGCCCAAGAGGAGUGCCAAUAACCUCAACGAGCGCCAGGAUCCGAAGAAGCCUCCACAGACCCUGAAGAACCCGAGGCUUUUAGAGGAUUCCAAACUUGUCCACGAUACUUCACACAUCGCAGAGGAACUUCCAGGCUACAUCUCGCCGGAGAAAAUCAAAGACAUGUCUCCGAGGGAACUGGAUUAUCACUAUUUCAAGAUACACGACUUCGAUGACAACAGAAAACUGGACGGUCUGGAAAUUCUGAAAGCUAUCGGACACGUCCACGGUCACGACGAUGAUGAUGAUGACGACGACGAUGGGAAGGAAGAGGAGAAAUACAAACUACUUAGUGAGGAGGAAAAGGCGGCCCUGAAGAACCUCCAGAGACAGAAACAGGAGGAGGAAUGGAAAUUCUACAUAGAACUAGUCGAUGAGGUCUUGAACGAAUAUGACAAGAACGGAGAUGGUUACCUUAACUAUGGCGAAUACAUAAUGGGAAGGAACCGCGACAGAUCAGACUAAUGUGAGACCCAGUCCACAUCUAUCUA